AUGCACUGGCACGUAUUCUGUAGCUGUCUGACGAAUUAUCCGAGCGCCCAACUCUCUGCUAUCUCUCUGCCACCGUUCUGCCAUCACUCUGUCACCGCUCUGACAACCGCUCUGCCACCGCUCUGCCACCGCUCUGCCACCGCUCUGCCACCGCUCUGCCACUUCACGCGACCUUGGCACUUCCCUGGCACUUUCCUGGCACUCUCCUGGCACUCUCCUGGCACUCUCCUGGCACUCUCCUGGCACUCUCCUGGCACUUUCCUGGCACUCUCCUGGCACUUUCCUGGCACUUUCCUGGCACUCCCCUGGCACUCUCCUGGCACUCCCCUGGCACUCCCCUGGCACUCCCCUGGCACUCCCCUGGCACUCUCCUGGCACUCUCCUGGCACUCUCCUGGCACUCUCCUGGCACUCUCCUGGCACUCUCCUGGCACUCUCCUGGCACUCUCCUGGUUGGCACUUUCACCCUCCUACACUUUCACUCUUCCUACUCACUCACUCAUCUAUUGCCCUCGCCUGA